AUGCGACCAAUAUAUCGUACUAAUUUUAUUCCAUAUGAACCGGAUAUUCAACAAUAUGAUAUUCAAAGAGAUGAUGCUUUGAAUUAUAAUUAUCAAUUAAAAAGACAAUGUUUGAGAUCGAAACGAAGAACAAGACGACUUUCAUCUUGUCAAUGUCAACAAGUACGAAACGUAUUAAAAAUAUAUAAUGAUCAACAAGCAUCUUUCAUUGUUUCAUCAAUUGAAAAACAAACAUUCGAAUAA